AUGCUACGCCGAUUGUUGCUGCUUGGUCCGCCUGCAACGACUCUAAUCGGCUUGCCUUGUCAAUCAUUCAAGCGAUAUAAACGUUCGGCUGUUAAAUCUGGGCGCGUAAGCGCCACUAGUAGUUCUGACCGCAGUGCAGCACUUACAAUGGCCAUUCGACAGAUUGAAAGUAGCUUUGGCAAAGGUGCCGUUAUGCAGCUUGGCUCAACUAAGACUGCAGAGCACGUUGACGUUAUCUCGUCCGGUUCCUUAUCUUUAGACUUGGCAUUAGGUAUUGGUGGUAUACCGAGAGGGCGUGUUGUGGAGAUCUACGGUCCCGAGAGUUCGGGCAAGACGACGCUGGCGCUCAGCUGCAUUGCUGAAGCUCAGAAGACGGAUGGUGGUGUGUGUGCCUUUAUUGAUGCAGAACACGCGAUCGAUGCCCAUUACGCCAAGGCAUUAGGAGUUGAUAUCGAUGCAUUGUACGUUUCACAGCCGGAUUCUGGAGAGGAAGCGUUGGAGAUCGCAGACACUCUCAUUCGAUCAGGAGCUGUGGAUCUUGUUGUGCUGGACAGUGUAGCCGCUUUAGUUCCGCGUGCCGAGCUUGAAGGUGAAAUGGGAGAUCAGCAGAUUGCUUUGCAGGCACGGCUAAUGAGUCAGGCCCUAAGGAAGUUGACAGGGUCCUUGUCCAAGUCGAACUGCACAAUCAUCUUUUUAAACCAGAUCCGUCAAAAAGUAGGUAUUAUCUUUGGGUCGCCUGAGGUCACGUCUGGUGGUACUGCAUUGCGUUACUAUGCAUCCGUGCGACUGGAUAUUCGACGUAAGACGGCCAUAAAGGAAGGUGAUGAGGUUGUUGGCAAUGAGACAGUGGUCAAAGUUGCCAAGAACAAGUUGGCUUCCCCUUUCAAAGUGGCAAAUUUCGACAUGAUGUUCGGGCGUGGAAUCGACCGACAAUCAGAGCUACUUGAUUUAGGUGUGCAGUAUGGUAUAUUAAAUCGCGCCGGGGCGUGGUAUAGUCUGGCCGAAAGCGAAAACCCAUUGCGCAGGGCAGCAAAGCUGCGUCAGAUGCUCUUUCAGAAGAAAGAAAAAGUCGACGAAUCAAGAGCAGGAGAGGCAAGCGAAGCUUCUGAAGCAAGCGAGCUUUCUGAAGUAGAUGUUGGGUCACCUGAAGACAUUGGUCACGUUGACAAUGAUUGUAGCUCUGAAGGAGAAAUUUCUGGGAUAACGACGUAG